AAGUGUAUCGCAUCACUGAAGGAUUCAGGAUUUGAUGCAAAGAUGGGGUGGAUGCCAUGCGUUGUUUGGUUCUUGGAUGUGUCAGUGAGUGAUUGCUGGGGGCUGCCUGAAGCUACCUUCACAUGUGAAGCAGAUGGAAAAUGGAGAUCAAACAAUACUGUUAGUCCAACAUGCAUGCCAGUGUGUGGUAAGCCCAUAGCGCAGUUUUUUGGCAUGGACAUUCAGAGGAUCCUUGGAGGAAAGGAGGCUCCAGAAAACACCCUCCCCUGGCAGGUGUUACUGAGCUGGAAUCAAGGUAGAGGAGGAGGCAUGGUGAUUGCAGACCACCGGGUGAUGACUGCAGCUAACAACCUUCAACAACGUGGAGUGACAUCAUCGCCUGGAUCUAUUACAAUUUACAUGGGGGGUAAUGAUGCAAAUGUGAUAAUGGGCUCUCCCAUGAAUUCUACAUCUGUCCAUGUUCAUCCUGAUUACAACAAUUCAGACAGUUCAGACUACAACAACGACAUCGCUCUGAUCAAACUGGAGGACCAGCUCACAUUUAACUCGUCCAUCAUGCUGAUAUGUUUGACUCCAGAGGGGGCUACAUACAUCCCUGGGGCAAUGGGAGUGGUGUCAGGCUUUGGUGUAGAAAACACCCAACACGGAUGGAUGUUGACAAAUAAGCUGAAGCUCCCAGUGGGGAUAUGCCACACUUCGAUCAAUAACAUUAAAAGAAAAAAUAUGAAUAAAGCUGAUCUGACAGAUAAUAUGUUUUGUGCUGGACUGCCUGAGGGUGGGAAGGACUCUUGUAAUGGUGAUGCUGGAGGCCCCUACGCCCUGAUGACCAGUGGAAGCUACUGGACUGCUGGGAUUGUCAGCUGGGGAAUUGGCUGUGGAGUCAAAGGAAAAUAUGGAGUCUACACCAAAGUUGCCAACUACAUUGACUGGAUCCACAAGACCAUGAAGGAGAACUGAAGUUUAAAGCUACCAAUUUAAAGUGUUGAUGCAACAAAGUAAAACAGUUGUUGAAAUAAAAUCAUACUGACUGCAA